GAGUUCGUCAUUCAAGAGAAUGAUCCAAAAGGCCAUUAUACCAAAAUGGACAACAACGAGAGCAUUGCUCCCCUCUUGCCUCUCCACAGCUCCUCCGCCACCCAACUUCCGGCCGGAAUCCCUUCAUGGCUCUCCAAGAGGACCAUCUUCAUAGUCGCCGGACCGCUGCUCUGCGCUGCCAUCAUCGCCUUCGUUCAGAUCGACGGCGGUGGCGCCAGCCGGAACACGUUGGCAGCGCUCGCGUGGAUCUUUUUUUGGUGGAUAACCGAGGCCGUGCCCGUCCCCGUCACCUCCCUCUCCCCACUCUUCCUCUUCCCCAUUCUCGGCGUCAUGGACGCCGAGCACGUCGCCCGCUCGUACAUGAACGACGUCAUCUCGCUCGUCCUCGGCAGCCUCAUCCUCGCGCUCGCCGUCGAGCACUACGGCGUGCACCGCCGACUCGCGCUGCAGAUCACCGCCGCCUUCUGCGGCGAGCCGCUCAAACCCAGGCUCCUUCUGCUCGGCAUCUGCUCCACCACUGCCUUCCUCAGCAUGUGGAUGAGCAACAUGGCCGCGACGGUUAUGAUGAUGCCGGUGGCCACCGGCGUGCUUCAGCGGCUCCCGAGCAGCAGCGGCGGGGAUCCGGCGAUCUCUGGGUUCUACAAGGCGGUGGUGCUGGGGGUCAUAUACUCGGCCACCAUCGGAGGGAUCAGCACCAUGACGGGGACGGGGGUGAACCUCAUCCUAGUGGGGAUGUGGGAGAGCUACUUCCCUCAACGGAAACGCAUCGGAUACGCCAACUGGUCGGCGUUUGCCCUGCCGCUCGCCGUUCUCAUCUUCCUGUCUCUUUGGGGACUCCUCUGCUUCUUCUACUGCCCGAGCUCGUCUGCAACCAGGCUCGCAGCUUACUUGGACAGAGAGAACAUCAAGAGGGAGCUCGAGAUCCUAGGGCCAACAACGUUUGAGGAAAAGAUGAUCUUCCUAGUCUUUGGGGGAUUGGUAGCACUGUGGAUGACAAGAAGCAUCACGAAUGACAUCCCAGGGUGGGAGGUCCUGUUUCAGGGGCGUGUUGGCGACGGAACCGUCAGUAUACUCAUGGCGACUCUUCUAUUCAUAAUCCCCAACAAGAAGCAAAAAGGGGAGGCACUAAUGGACUGGAACAAAUGCAAGAAGCUGCAGUGGAGCAUCAUCUUGCUCCUCGGCGCCGGCUUCGCGAUUGCCGACGGCGUUCGGCUCAGCGGCCUGGCGGACCUGCUGUCCCGGAGCCUCACGUUCCUGCAGAAGGUGCCCUACGUCGGCGUCGCGCCGGCGGUCUGCCUCAUCACCAGCACCAUGACGGAAUUUGCCUCCAACAACGCAACGGCGACGCUGGUGCUGCCGCUGCUGAUUCAGCUCGCAAGCACAUUGAACGUGCAUCCCCUGCUUCUCAUGGUCCCCGGAGGGAUCGGCGCGCAGUUCGCGUUCCUGCUUCCGACCGGCACGCCCUCGAACAUCAUCGGGUUCACGACGGGACACAUAGAGAUCAAGGACAUGAUCAGGACCGGACUCCCACUCAAACUCGCCGGAAUCGGAGCCCUGGCACUGCUCAUGCCCACACUAGGUAACUUAGUUUUCGUGGAUGGUGGACCCAAGUUUCAUGCUGGUUGAGCCAACCUAGAUGGAGUUCAUAUUCAUCCUUCCGUUAUCCAACAUAUAGAAAGGUCAGAUGUACAUAGUUAUGUGCCUUUGAUUCUUUGAAAAUGUAUGAAUUUCCAGAAAUUGCACGCCGGGAUCUUAGUUUAUUUGUGAUGUGCAAUUUUGUUCUUUUUCUUUUUUUUAAGAUAAGAAACCUUUCAUUUUUUUUUUUGGUUUAGUGUUCUUAUUUUGUUUUGGCCACUGUAAUGGGUUUCAAUGACAUGUAAGGGCGACUGGUAGCAGGAUGGUUUGAUGCCUUGCGUCCUGUACAUCAUUUUUUGCCUGUAUAUAUCUUUUUGCGUGAAUAAAUGGUGGGGAGCCUAUCUCCUAUCUUAUAAUUUGCUG